UGACAGUUCUGUCACCCGUAAUGCAUUGUAAAACGUAUUAAAUUGUAUUUAGAAAAAAUCACUGUUUACACGCGUUCUGAAUUAUUUGAAAUAGUUUGAGUUCAACCGUGGUUUAAAAAGGUCAACAUUUGAAAUGGGGAAGGGUUUUAAUAAUUACAUGUGUAAAAAAUUCUUCCAUCCAGCGUCCAGAGAUAAUCUGAAACGAGUAUGGAUGGCCGAACAACAAGCCGAAGCAUAUAAGAAAAAGCAAGAAGAGCUUCGAAAUCAGUAUGAAAAAGAGCAAGAUUUGCAUGAAAAUAAAGCAAUGCUGAGCAAAGAUAGCAAAGAUAAAUUGAGCAUGAAUUUCAUGUACGAGCCACCACCUGGUGUUCGCAAAGAACGUGAAAAAGACGACAAUGAGCCAGAAUAUAAAUUUGAAUGGCAACGUAAAUACAAUGCACCACGUGAAAGUUAUUGUAAAGGCGAUACAGAAAUUCGUGAUCAACCGUUUGGUAUUCAAGUGAGAAAUGUGCGUUGCAUUAAAUGCCACAAAUGGGGUCAUAUAAAUACUGACAAGGAAUGUACUAUGUACAGUCUAUCUAUGAGUGAAGCACGAAAAUUACAUUCGGAAGCUGAAUCCAACGAGAUUUUAUCGAAGAAUUUGUUGGAAGAACAAAUGAAAGAAGACGGUUUAAUGAUGAAAAAAGGCGCAAUGAGUGCACAAAGCUUCCAAACGGGUCGUUUGCACCAGUUUGUUGCAAAUGCAAAUGACGAUUACAAUGACAACGAAUCAGCACAAGUUGAAAAGGAAUUUUUAAAAUCUCUCAGCACCAAACAAAAGAAGAAAUUGUUAAAAAAGCUUAAAAAGAUCGAGAAAAUGAAGCAAACAUCAGCCAAACGUAGCCUAAAAAAGAAAUCAAAGCAACACACAUUGUCAUCAUCAUCAUCGUCGUCGUCAAAAGACGAAAAAGGUCGUAACAAAUCAAUCUCGGCUCGAGCCGAGAGAGGCCGUUCGGAGCGAAACCGAGACCAAUCGGAAAGAGAUCGAAAAAACAAACGUUAUAAAAGAUCAGCCCGUGAUCGAUCGGUAUCACCAAGACGUAAUAACAGGCACCGUUCCAGAUCAUCUUCACUUGAUACAAAACAUCGAAAUAAUAGACAAUAAUCAAGCCCAUUACCUUUUCUGAUUAGAUAAUAUUGACUGACGUUUUAAAUAAAUCAAUCACUUUCAAAUUGAAAACAAUUGCGUCGCUAUAGCCCAACUAUCAACCAAUUUUUUUUAUCUGAAGUAUGUUACAAUGAAUAAAAACUGAAUGUAA